AUGGAGCCGCCGCCCCGUGCCCGGACGGCCCCCCUGGCUGGGCCGCUCAUCCCCGGCUCCCCCUACUCGGUGCGGGUCCUGCAGGAGGGCUACGCCAGGGGGCUUCCCGACGGCGGCACCUGGGCCGACUGCACCAUCUCCCUGGUCCGGGGGGGGCCGCACCUCACCCUGGUGGACACCGGGGGGCCCUGGGGCCGGGAGCGCCUGCUGGCCCGCCUGGCGGAGCAGGGGGUCUCUCCCGGGGACGUGCGCCACGUGGUGUGCACCCACGGGCACUCGGACCACGUGGGCAACCUCAACCUCUUCCCGCACGCCGACCUGAUCGUGGGCACCGACCUCAGCCGGCCCGACGGACGCUACCUCCCCACCGGACUGCGCCAAGGCCUGCCCUACGUCCUGCAUGCCGGGCACCUGGAGGUGUUGCCCACCCCUGGCCACUCGGGGCACGACGUCAGCCUGAUGGUGCGGGGCACCAGCCUGGGCCACGUCUUGGUGGCCGGAGACCUCUUUGAGCGCCAGGGGGACGAGGGGGAGUGGCAGCCGCUGAGCCAAGACCCCUUGCGGCAGGAGGCCAGCCGGGCAUAUGCUUUGCGCAUAGCUGACGUGAUCGUGCCUGGCCACGGGGCGCCAUUCCAGGUCUUCAGAGAGGGGCACGGGGAGGAGCAGGGCGAUGCUGGCAGCCUCGGGGCAAAGAGCCAUGGACCAUAGCGUGGCUUUGUGGCAGAGGGCUGGGAUUCGUGACUCUCUAGGGGAUUGCCAGCCUUUCGGAGAGCAGGGCACAAGGGAGCGACCACAGCCACAGAAUGGAGCCAGUCACAGAAAGGCCAGUGACUUUGCAUCACCCCAAGUGGGACCCCGGCUUUAUGAGGCAAGAACAUCAUUGUUUUCAGUUACACCCUGAAAAUAGAAUCAUAUGUUGAUGCACCCCAGGAUGGCGCUUGCCUUUUUUGUUGCUGCAUCACACUGGCUGCUCACAUUUAAUUUAAGAUCUUGUUCACACGCAGUGCUGCCCAGAAGCGUAUCCCCAUCCAGUAUGUGUGUUGUUUAUGUAGAACUUGGCGCUUAUUAAAUUGCAUCUUGUUCACUUC